AUGGAGAGAAAAUGCCCACUGCUACCGACCGUGUGUAGCGCAGGAGAGCUGCAGCCGGCCGUGUUUACCGCAGACACCUCAGACACACUGUUGUCUUUCACAGAGCUGCAUGCUGUAGUCUGACACGAGGAGCCUGAUGUCUGUGGCAAAUGCGAAACACACUGUCCUGAAUCCGGUGAUUCCAUACACAGGGCCGAUACCUGGAGGUAUGCACCCAGGGGAGAUCAUCAUCAUCCAGGGCACUGUGCCCCCAGAUGCUGACAGGUUUCAGAUCGACCUGUCGAGUGGCUGCAGCACCAAGCCACGCUCUGACGUCGCCCUCCACUUCAGCCCUCGCUUCAAAGGCUCGCCCUGUGUGGUGUGCAACUCCCUGCUGAAGGAGAGCUGGGGCAAAGAGGAAACGCUCCAUCAGCUGCCCUACAAACGCGGAGCCCCCUUUGAGACCAUCAUCCUGGUGCACGAAGACGUCUUCAAGGUGGCAGUAAAUGGUACUCACCUGCUGGAAUACAAGCACAAAAUCCCACUAAACAGGGUGGACACAUUUUCUAUUUCUGGGAAAGUCAGGGUGCACGCUAUUGGCUACAUCCCAAACUCAGCAAUAUAUUCAGAAUCAGGUGACUUGAGCCUCCCUUAUAAAGGCAGUGUACUCAAAGGACUGAGCCCCGGACAGCACAUCACAAUCAAAGGACAGGUCAGCAUGUACCCUCACAGUUUUACAGUGAACCUCCGCAACAGCAGGACAGAGAACAUCGCCCUCCAUCUGAACCCUCGCAUGAAGUCGGGUGCGUUCAUCAGGAACUCGUACCUGAGUGAAUCCUGGGGUCAGGAGGAGCGGGAGCUGCCCUUCUUUCCCUUCUCGUCAGGGGAAUACUUUGAGAUUCUCAUCCUGUGUCAGCCUCAUCAGUUCAAGCUGGCAGUGAAUGGCUCACACUUGUUUGAGUUCAGACAUCGGGUGCAGGACCUGAGCAGCAUUGACCAGUUGGAGAUCAUGGGGGACCUGGAGCUCAAUGAUGUGAAACUGUGGUGACUUGGGACUCAAGACUUACACGGAAGCCAGCGUUACAGACUCCGUUGUGUUCUGGUUAUCGAUGCUAAAUUAGCUUAGCCACAAUGACCCAGAAAAUGGAUGCUGGAAACGGCAAAUACUUUACUGACUUCAGGUCAGGUUAGCCUUGCAGCAACCGCAGGUCACUGAUUUAAGCUAGUCUAGCAUGUUGGUGACCAAGGACCAUGGACAGGCCCUUCCAUGGAGUAUUGUGGUCCAUGUUUCCAGCCCAGGCUAGACGACUGAUGCAUGAAAGUUAGCUGUGCUGGAGCAUCAGGCUGUGAGGCACCAUGACUGUUUACAGCUACGAGUCAAAUUUGCCUUGGUUGAAUUUCUUAUACUGUCUCUAGUGAAUCUCUGCUGGGAUACGCCCUUAAUGCAUUGUAUAAUUAAAACUGGAAAUAUUGCAAAUGCUAAUAAGCACUUGGCUUUGUUUAAAUUCCAAGACGGACAGCAAAUACAAACAGUUCAUUCAAUUGAAGGGCUCCAUGUGUUUGGAGCAAGGCCCAAUGUAGACUUAUUUACUGUACAGAUCAUUUAAAAGCUUUGAAACGGUACCCAUCAUUACUAAAUAAUUAGCACUAUAUUUUGGGGGGAAAUAAAACAUGUUGAAAUUGCUAUUCUUUUUUUAUUAAUAGGACCUGCCUUAGGACACGCCCACUUGUCUUUGUUUCAUUCUUUAUUUUAGCAAUUCAAUAUGCUAUAAAGGUUGAAAUCCUCAGGAUUCUUUAACACAUGAGGUGUCCCGUGCACUUGAUAUUUAAAUCAAUUUAACAUGCAAUGGUGCAGCUGAAGUCAAGCACAGUGCAGUACAGGGUCAGUUUAAAAUAUAAUUAUUUCAAUAACCUAGUGAAUGUCAUGUUGCAAGCUGUAGAAUAUAGUAGAAUCCUGCAUCUGUGACCAUAUUUUGUCUCAAUGCUCUCCCACAAGGAAAAGGAUAUUUAUUUUUCAAUGUCAAUGUUUUUUUUUGCAUUUUCUGUUGUAAUUGUUGUAAAAUAUGUAUGAAAAAAUCUUGCCUAUGUAUCAUAAAUGAUUUAAUAACAAAUAAAUGUGUUAUCAUGUUUUACAUGUCUAGAUGGUUUGAGUUAAACCUGCAUUCAUCUA